AGCAAUCUCGCGGGCAGGCCUGCAGCACCUCACUCCAGCGCAUCCCCUCAGCCUUCCCGUUGCAAAUGGUCCAGCGAAGGAGCCCAGAGCGACUCUGGAUUGGAGUGAGAAUGCCGUGAAUGGAGAACACCUAUGGCUGGAGACCAAUGCCUCAGGAGACCUGUGCUACCUGGGCGAGGAGAACUGCCAAGUCCGAUUUGCAAAAUCGGCCCUCAGGAGGAAGUGUGCAGUCUGUAAAAUCGUCGUCCACACCGCCUGCAUUGAACAGCUAGAAAAGAUCAAUUUCAGAUGUAAACCAACAUUUCGAGAAGGGGGCUCAAGGUCACCAAGAGAAAAUUUUGUGCGACAUCACUGGGUGCACAGGCGACGGCAGGAGGGAAAGUGUAAGCAGUGUGGUAAGGGCUUCCAGCAGAAAUUCUCCUUCCACAGUAAAGAGAUUGUGGCUAUCAGCUGCUCCUGGUGCAAGCAGGCGUUUCACAAUAAGGUGACCUGCUUCAUGCUCCAUCACAUCGAGGAACCCUGCUCCCUGGGGGCUCAUGCUGCUGUCAUUGUUCCGCCCACCUGGAUCAUUAAGGUGAAGAAACCUCAGAACUCGCUGAAGGCCUCCAAUCGGAAGAAGAAGAGAACAAGCUUUAAGAGAAAAGCCAGUAAAAGAGGAACUGAACAGGAAAACAAAGGCCGUCCCUUUGUGAUAAAGCCAAUCUCUUCUCCUCUUAUGAAACCUCUGCUUGUGUUUGUGAACCCCAAGAGUGGAGGCAACCAGGGAACCAAAGUCCUGCAGAUGUUCAUGUGGUACCUGAAUCCACGGCAAGUCUUUGAUCUUUCUCAGGAAGGGCCAAAAGAUGCGCUUGAGUUGUAUAGGAAAGUACCAAAUCUGCGAAUUCUGGCGUGUGGUGGGGAUGGAACGGUGGGCUGGAUCCUUUCUAUUCUGGAUGAACUGCAGCUGAGCCCUCAGCCUCCCGUUGGAGUCCUUCCUCUGGGGACUGGGAACGACCUGGCUCGAACUCUCAACUGGGGAGGGGGCUACACGGAUGAACCUGUUUCUAAGAUCCUUUGCCAAGUAGAAGAUGGGACAAUCGUACAGCUAGACCGCUGGAACCUCCACGUGGAAAGAAAUCCAGACUUGCCCCCAGAAGAGCUUGAAGAUGGUGUAUGUAAGCUUCCUCUGAAUGUUUUCAAUAAUUACUUCAGCCUUGGAUUUGAUGCCCACGUCACACUGGAGUUCCAUGAAUCCAGAGAAGCAAAUCCCGAGAAAUUCAACAGUCGUUUUCGAAAUAAAAUGUUCUAUGCAGGGGCAGCUUUUUCUGAUUUCCUACAGAGAAGCUCCAGAGAUCUAUCCAAACACGUCAAAGUUGUUUGCGAUGGAACAGACCUCACCCCAAAGAUUCAGGAACUGAAGUUCCAGUGUAUAGUAUUUUUAAAUAUACCCAGAUAUUGUGCUGGCACAAUGCCCUGGGGGAAUCCAGGAGAUCACCAUGAUUUUGAACCUCAGCGUCACGAUGAUGGUUAUAUUGAAGUCAUUGGAUUCACUAUGGCGUCUUUGGCCGCCCUGCAGGUUGGGGGUCAUGGAGAAAGGCUGCACCAGUGCCGGGAGGUCAUGCUGCUGACUUACAAAUCCAUCCCCAUGCAAGUGGACGGGGAGCCCUGUAGAUUGGCCCCGGCUAUGAUUCGGAUCUCCUUGCGGAAUCAGGCCAACAUGGUGCAGAAGAGCAAGAGGAGAACGUCCAUGCCUUUACUCAAUGACCUCCAUCAGGUGCAAGCUGCGGACCUGCGGAGAGUGUCUGCCCCGCCAGGCUCCUUCACCAUUCCCCAGUCUGUCCCAGACCGCCUGAGGAUCCGGGUGAAUAAAAUCAGCUUGCAGGACUACGAAGGAUUCCACUAUGACAAAGAGAAGCUCCGGGAAGCCUCCAUCCCUCUGGGUAUUCUCGUUGUGCGUGGAGACUGUGAUUUGGAGACUUGCCGUAUGUACAUAGAUCGCCUGCAAGAGGACCUGCAGUCGGUUUCUUCUGGCUCCCACAGAGUUCAUUACCAGGACCAAGAAACCUCCUUCCCCAGGGCACUCUCAGCUCAGAGGCUCUCCCCACGGUGGUGCUUUCUAGAUGCAACUUCUGCUGAUCGCUUUUAUCGAAUAGACAGAUCUCAGGAACAUUUGCACUUUGUGAUGGAGAUUUCUCAAGAUGAAGUUUUCAUCCUGGACCCGGAUAUGGUGUUGUCGCAGCAGGCGGGGACACCGCCAGGAAUGCCUGAUCUGGUGGUGGAGCAGGCCUCAGGAAUGUCAGACUGGUGGAACCCUGGCCUACGGAAACGCAUGCUGAGUGAUAGUGGGCUGGGCAUGAUAACUCCGCAUUACGAGGACUCAGAUAUGAAAGAUCUCAGCCACUCCCGUGUGCUACAGUCACCAGUCUCUUCAGAAGAUCACGCAAUUUUGCAGGCAGUAAUAGCUGGUGAUCUUAUGAAGCUCAUAGAAAGCUAUAAAAAUGGAGGCAGUCUGCUCAUUCAGGGACCAGACCACUGUUCACUCCUUCACCACGCAGCUAAAACCGGCAACGGGGAGAUUGUGAAAUAUAUCCUUGACCACGGACCUUCCGAGUUAUUGGAUAUGGCAGACAGCGAAACGGGUGAGACCGCCCUGCACAAGGCUGCCUGCCAACGGAACCGGGCUGUGUGCCAGCUUCUGGUGGACGCAGGAGCAUCUGUGAGAAAGACGGACUCCAAGGGUAAGACACCACAGGACAGAGCACAGCAGGCCGGAGACCCAGAUUUGGCCGCUUACCUAGAAAGCCGUCAGAACUAUAAGGCCUUCGGCCAUGAGGAUCUGGAAACUGCCGUUUGACCCUGGUAGACGGGCCAAGAGAACCUGAGCGAGCAUAUCACCUGUGCCCUCCCGGCGAUCGGGCAGCUCCCCUGGAAGAAGCUGAUGGAAUCCAUAAGUCUGUCUCUCUCCUGCAAGAACCUGAGACCAUGCCACCAGUUUUUAAGGGCUACCAAGAUGUACACCAAAACGCGAUAGCCCACGGAGGACGAGGCCGGAUACCUGGUGGCAUCCUUAUUGCUUCCAGCAAGUAGCAUGAACUUCAGUGUUCAUCUGUAUAAUUUAUUUUAAAGAUUCAAAGGAUGUUUGUAUCAACGGCACUGCUCCCUCCUUUCCCUAGGCACCCCUCUUCCCCUGAACUGCACCAUUCUACUACCCACCGAUUGAAAGAAUGCGAUAUGACGUGUUCUUUUACCUUCAGACCUUAAAGACCACAAGAUUCUCUGAAGGUCUUGCAAACCUCUCUGGAUGACCUGCAGAAAUAUGACUGUAAAACUGCUUCCAUGUCCAAGACUAAAUAUCCCAAGUCGACUUAGUGACUUUUUGCAUGUCUGCCCUCCCCAAUCCCUUUUCAUCCUGCAGGAGCUGGGGAGUGCCUCAUGGACAAUGUCAACCUGUACGCUCUGUCUCUGAGGUAGGGCGAGGUGGCAUGGGAGUUGUCUGUUCUCAGAGGGACCUCAGAGAGGUCACAGUGGGGGCAGGUCACGGGCUGUUGCCGACGUCCACAGAGGACUGACUCGGCUUGGGCUGUUUGCGAGCUCUGUACUGCCUAUGUGUAGCCAUCUUUGCCUUUUGCUGCAAUCGAGGUGAGCAAUGGAUGACACAAAGGCCUGUCGCUACUUUGCAGAACCACUCCACUUGAAGUGCUGUUGCAAUUGCAGAGCAGAAAACCGUGUGUGGGAACUGUGGUUACAGGAAAUGGAGUUCCAUGGCAGCGUUUACUUCUAGACUUUUUUUGAGCGAUAAUGGAAAGCAGGCUAAUGGAGUUGAAAUAAAACAGCAGAAGCAAAAGUAGCAACAUAUGUCAAAAUAACUCACUUAAGUGAGAAAACAGUUGCUGGAAUGCUACACUGAGGCUAAUAAGUAUAGACUCUUGGAUACAGUGGUGAGAGGGGUCCCAUUUUCGGCUUUCCUUCGAAGUUUUUUAUUUUCAUUUUCCCAAGUACGCCUUGUCCCCAGGACAAAGCCUUGCUUUAUGAGUUCCACUGCCAGAUUUUGGGACAUGUCGCCAUUUCUGGUAGAUGCCUCGCCUAUUACUUGUCAGAUCCCAAGGUCAUACCUGAUAGCGCUACAGACCCAUUUUCAUGUAUGGAGUUGUCACAUAUAUUCUUUUUUUCUGGAAAGUUCUUCAUGCAAAACACUGUGGGAGCCCAAUCUCCCUGGCAGCAGAAUUGCAACUUCUCAUCCUGCCACAGAUUACUUGGUACCUACAAGUACCUCUCUUAGGGACUCUGUGACACCUAAAAUGUUAGGAGAAAAAGUCUUCUAACUCUGGGCGAAAAUAUCUACGUGACUUGGGUAUAAGUCCAAAAUGGAAGUGGGUGACCAAAGGUUUUGCUUCGGAUUAAACUGAUGUCUUUGGAGCUUUCUUCCAUUUUGCCCUUAGACACAAGCAAAGUGCUUCUUUAGUGUUUCUGCAUGUGAGCAUAAAUGACCGUUUCUCUACAUUUAAUUUAAAGGUCCAGUGGGGACACAUUGCUUAUCUAAAUCACAUUUUAGUCACGUAUCAUAUUGAAAGUGCAGCUAUGAUAUGCUAUUAAGCAGGAAUAGCCUCUCAGUGGAUGAGGGCGUAAGUCUCUCCGUUGUUUCAAAAUCAAGUGGCUGGCAUUAUUUUCAGCCGCUGGCGGAAGGGUUGGUUGUGAGUAAUCUAUUUCCAUAUAUCAGUUUUAGAAAUGGAACUAACUAUCUUUUGGGUUUUAUGGUGAGGGAAGGAGAGAUGGCGGUAGAUUGUUUCCAGAAGCUGGAAAAAAAAAAUAUGCUCCAGGAGAAUUUAAUCGCUGGGCUUCUGCAGGGAGUUUUCAAUUGGUGGGACUGUCAAGGAGAUGUUGUGAUGACAGAAAUAUAAUCCUUAAAACAGACUGAAUUCUGGCUUUGAAUGGUGCCUUCCAUUCCCCAGACUGAGCUAAACACUUGGCCACGCAGCCAGUUACCCAGCUGCCAUUGCUGGGAUGAAGGGUUUUAUUUUCACCAACUACCAUCUCAUAUUUCUCUCUGAUGCUUCCAAGCAGCCCAGAGAAAAUUUAGGGUACAAGUGGCCAUGGGCCAAUUCAAAUAGCUCCAGUUGAAGUUACAAGUAAGUCUCUGGAAUGAAAAUAGAUGACGUACUGACUGCUGUAGGGGUCCUAGUACAUUUGGAAAUCGUUCCUAAUAAAUAAUAAUAGUAAUAAUAAAGUGUUAGAGUCCUACAUUAUUGAAGAGGAAUGAUAGAUGACCAACACAUAUAUAUCUUUGAAAAAGCAAACACCCCUCCCCCCCCACCCAGGAUUUGGGCUUUCCAAAAAAAAGAACAUCAAAAAUAAGCAGAACAGUUACAUAUUUCAUGGCUCCAACAUUAAAUCUACCACCUGUAGCAUUUGAUUUUUUCAUUGAUCAUUACAUGUGACAGUCCUGGGCUUUGGAAAGGGCUAAGGCCAUAUGCUCCAGGAGUUUCCAGCUCAACUAAAAUCCGUAGUACCCCCCUUUUCAUGGGCUCUCAGGAAGUAGAGAAGCAAAUGGUCUGGCUGUGGUCUGAAAACCCACAUAACUUUAAAAGACAGAAAACUAUAUGCCUAUAGAAAUAUCAUUUUCUGCAGAACCGACUGAGCCAGUGCUCAGCCAACAUUCCUCUGUGUUUGGCUGGAAGAGGCCCCGUGUUGGGGCCCUGUCUACUCUGGGAUUCCAUUUUUCAGGGAGGCUGAAAGAGGGGUGAGAAUGGAGAGUUAUGAAAAGACACCGUGAUAGAACCUAAAAGGUAGUCAUUUUUGAAGCUUUACAUUCCAGUAGGACACAUUUCAGGAAAGAGAGCCCACUCAAGCUGUGCUUUAUUGUAUUCAAGGACAUGAUAAAGAACAGAAGCCAAGGAGGAAAUAAACACCGCCUCUGGGAAUUUCACUUUGAGAGUUCUGGUUACCUCUGUAGAGGUUACAACCGAAAACCAAUGGGAUAUCUCAAGCAGAGCCUUUGACAGGCCCGUACACAGCCAUGACACCCCCGAUCGCUCCCUGUCCUUUCCUAAGAGCUGGUUAGUGCUUAGGUGGAUCUGUUUGCAUUGAGGGCACUCAAUAGGUCGUUCAUUUUCAUUUGGACUGAGUGACAGCUUCUUUGCCCAACGGAUUUCUGAAAUGGAUUUACUCAACUCCUCAUAAUAUCUGUGUCUUUGAAAAUGUUGGGCAGCCGUCAUUUUUUUUUCCAUGUCCAUUUUAUUUCAAGUAUUUAGAUUUUUUUUUAAUUAUAAAAGUAGAACCUGGUCUUUAUAAAAAGGUCUAAUGCCAUCGAUGAGUAUCACCUGCAAGGUCAAGGUGGUCCCCUGUGAUGGCCCAGGGUCCAGUCCCGUGUCCCAGAGACCAACAUUAUUAGCCGGAAUAAACAUUGCUGCUUGUAGUUAUGUCGGAAGUACUCUACACAGGCAAGCCCCACACACGUAGACAUGUAUUUAUUUGUAGACAUAUGUGUGUUUAUGUACUAUAAACCCACAUAUUGCAUAGGUUAAAAAAGAAAACAUUUUAGAAGCAUGCAAAUCAUCUGUACAUGUAUAGUGAACACCAACAGGCAGAGAGAAGGUAGCAUAACGUCCAUUUUUUCAUUGUGGUUUCUCUUAUUAUCAAGCUUGGUUCUAUUACUGCAGCACUCCAUGUGCUCGUGACAUUUAUUAUUGCCUGUAUCGUAAAAUCCAAGACCAAGAGGUCUUGUAAUUGUUUCUGUUACUUUCCAUGAAGCAUGAAACCUACCUGAGCCCAGAGACUUGUCUAGGCUAUUUGGGGAUCUCAAGUGGAGAGUUUCUUGAUGCUUACACCACUUAACAGGACUAACGCUCAAUAGGUUGCCUAAUGAUAUUUAAUUCGAGCAAGCGCUUGCUAGGAAGGUGUCAUAACUUGGAUAUGGGCUGGGGUCUGAGAAGCUUUUGGCUUCCUUCCAGUAGGAGUAGCUAAUGAAAUCACUGAAAACGGCAUGAUACUUUAUGCAGUUAUGCUAUUUAAAGGUAAAAUAGAUCAUUGUUAAAAUGUCUCAUCAUAGCCAUCAAAUAUAACUACGAAUGGCUCUACUUAAAUGGAUUAUUUUCAUUUUAGGAAUAAAAAAAUAGAACAGCUAUUAAGUUAGAGCGUUUUCUAGUUAAUCUUAAGCAUUUAUUUAGUAUAAAGUAGAUUCUGCCCAGGUUUUAUAGAACCAUCUCUAAAUCAGUGUUUUUAUUCUCUGAAUUCCAUAUUCAGCUGACUAUAAAUCCUAAAGCUUUUUUUUUCUCUGCCAAUCCUCUGGGAUUGACUCUGGCCUACCAUCCCUUCUCUGUGUCCUAGUUAUCCCUCGUCUCUAGGCCCUCCAGUUAUCUUACCAUGGCAGUGAUCCUAUAGUAGUAGGAUCUUUCUGCCUUUCCUGUCAAUAAUUCUGUUGUGAGGAUGCCAAAAUAGUCCCCUGAUAUUAUGCAUAAAAUGGAUCAAAAUGGGACAUGUGUCCAUUUUGCCUGAAGGACAAAUAGAUGGUGACUGACCUUGAUCAUCCCACAGAGUUAUGACACGCCUUAUUCUGAGAAGCAAUCUGCCAGGUAGGUUUUGCAAAUUUCUUAGUCACAUCUUGAGAGUACACAAUCAUGGCAGCCUCUUCCGCACAUCAAAUGAUGGAUUUGCAUAUGGAUGCAAAUCCAUAUGUAUGACUGGAUUAUAUCAUGUUAUAGCCCUACUGGCCCUCUGUGGAUUUUAGGCUGUCUCCCCACAGUUUAAUGAGAAACCGGAAAAGAGGAGCUAAGCAAGUAGUUGUACUUCUAAACAACCUGUUCUCCCAGGACACUGAGCGUCAGUCAUUAUACUAGACCCCAAAAGAAGCAGAAAUCAAUUAAUUCUUAGGCUGCUGAAACAUUACAUUUUAAAGUAGAGAUUUGAAUAUUGGAUGGUAUCCUCCUGGUGGAAAGAUUUCAGAGUCUAUAUGUCUAUUCAGUUAUUCAGUCAUUCUACCUGCAGUCAUGUUUGUGAACCAGUCAUACACUCAUGUAUUUAAUCAUUUAUUUUAAAAAUAUAUUUAUCACUUACUCUGAUGCAGACACUGUACUAAAGACAUGAGAAUGAAUGCAAGAGAGAAAACUCUUGACUUCAGGGAGCUGGCUGUCUAGGAGAAAAGACAAAUUCCAAUAUGAUAUGUUCUGUCAAGGAGAACCCCUGGUGUACAAGGGGAGUGUUGCAUUGUGGGUUCAAUUAAGGCUUGAUUGUACCAGUUACUCUUUAGCCAGCAGUGUUUUAUAUAGUUCUAUGGAAUAUAAAAUGAAACUAUUAAUAUGUAAGAGAAAUAAUGAUAUUUUGCAUUUCCUUCUCCUGGUCUUAAAAAUGUAUUUGAAACCAAGACUUUAAGAUGAGACUUUGAAACACUAAAAUAAGAGCAAAAACUCAUGUAUCCUAUAGUUCAAGGAUAUAACUAGAAAGAAUACCCCAAACUUGCAGUGGUUUUUGACUAAAUAUAAAGAAGAUGUAUAAAUAUUAUCAAACAGUGGAGUGGGCACACUUACGCAAUUUCAGACUCGGCCACGAGGAGUAUUUAAACAGUGGACACGUGACCACCUUGAGAGAGAUUGUGACCAGGGACCUGUCAUCUGAGGGAGCUAGAAUUAGAUUCUGUGUGUUGUUAGAUUUUUCUUUUAAAAUGACUUUGUUGAAUAGCAGGAUUUCAUUAGAAGCAAUUAUGAAAAUCUUCACUUUUAAUCUUUGAAACAUCGCUUUAUAUGUGAAAGUGUUUAAAAUCUUGGGGAGAAUGACCUUUAGUUAUCUUCUAAGACCUUUUCAAACUAAUUAAGCAUGGCUUUAAAAGGUAGUGAAAAAGAAAACAUCCAAAGGGAUAUAACUUACUCCAAAAUACAUCUAGAACAUUAUGGAUUUUGAUUACUCUUCUUAGGCAUUCUUAAGGCAAGUCCUAUUAGAAAUCUGUUUAAGUGUCCUUCCAAUAUAAAAAAGUGCUGCGAUUUUGAUAUUCUUAGAAUUAAAUGUAAUCUAAUAUAACCGCCAAAGAAAAUUCUGCUUGAAAGAUAUUUGGGAGCCGAGUCAAUAUACAUAAAAGGCAAUCAUGGCAAAAUUCUUGGCUUCUUUUUCUGGCAUGAGAAUUAUAAGGGAUAGCUUAUCCAUAGGAAUAAGAAAAUGAUGAAUCUGGGUUUUCCUUAUUUUCCAAAGUUUCAUUAUUUUGAGCCAAAUGGCAUCUGAAAUGGGAACCUUUGAUGUUAGGAACAACUGAAACGAUCUUGUUUCUCAAUCCUUAAGUGAAACACAUUUAAUUUUCAAUAAGAAUAGCUUCAACAACUGAAAUCUAUAUCAUUUAACAUAACAAAUUCACUUAUUGUAAAAAUAUUAGUUGCUUCUAGCCUUUUUGAAGCUUUUGGGGAUCUUUUUGAAGCUUUUGGGGAUCUUUUGAGCUUCGAUACCAACCCAUGAGGUGGAUCAUGCAGACGAUACGUUUUAAACAAAUAAAUGGAAUAUCAGAGCAGUGACUUCGCUUGCACAGAUGUGGAUAGUAGUUGGUAAGACUGCAGCCAGAACUAAGAUCUUCAGAAAUUACACACUAACAUGCCUACCGUAGAUGUUUUCUAAGUAAAGAACUUUCCACCACUGCCUUCAAUGCUGUUUUACAUCAAUCACUCAGAUUUCCAUAAAUUAGAAGCUGCCACCUUGAAAAAUAUUUACCUAAGUUCCCACAGCAAGAGUUGGUUAGCACUGAAGGAGAACAUGAACUUACAAACUCCGGAAUGUUUGCUAUCAGAGACUUAUCGGCUUGGACAUAUUUCAAAGGGGAAAAAAAAAAGGUCAAAUGUCUUGAUACCGGGAUGGAUUUCACAAGAAGGAAUGAACACUGAGGCUGACUUACUGGCUUCUCUACCUUGUGAUUCUCUGCAUUCAGAAAUGUUAGUAUCGCAAGUCCUCGAUUACCGUUGUUUCAUUCAAUGUUAUUCCAUUAUGACGUUGAUGAGAUGCCAUAGGUCUUUAACUCUUGUGUCUAUCAGUUAACCUAGGGUAAAACUGGUUUCACUAUAUGACAUUUCCUUUAAAGCCUCAAAUCUUGUCUACGACGUUAAGUGAGGGUUUACUAUACUGUUCUCUCUCCUUGGAAGUCGCUAUUGGAAUGAUUUUUCAGAAUGCAGCAUCCAAAAACAUGGAAAUGGUCUUAGUAUUCAAGACUCCAUUGCCCUAAGUCUCUGGGUGGGCUUGUCAACCUGUCUGUCAUACAUCAUCAUAGAACAGAGGCCUAAUAACCCUGGGGGGAGCUGUGCUGCACUUGACGUGGAAAGAACAAAUACGCCUGAGAUAGUCUCCUAUGGUGAAUCUUGUCACAAGGCACGUCUGUGGGUAGAUUGGUGAAUUAUCUAGAAGAGGGAUGUUUGAUCUGUAAAACGACACCAUUAGAUUAGGAAUGGAAAUGUGUGGAGGAGGUUAAAUAGGGCUGUUUGUUUCUAGUUCUGUAGGGCAGACGAUUCUCAGAAUAAAAUGAGGACUGAGGAGAUGAGAAACAGACGUGAAUAGGAUAGUUUUAUUACUUAUGCAAGGGUUUAUUUUUUUUCCCCGGGCAUUAUGUCCAGAAAAAAAAACUGAUUGGGUUUUCUAAAAAACAAAGUGAAUUGAUCGCAACCAGUGUGUCUUCUAGUACUUAAGUGAAAAUUGAGCAAGCAAAUCAGGGUUCAUGUCAAAGCAAUUUGUUAAUUGUGAGGAAGCUUGGACUAAAAGGCUUCUGUGAUAUUUUCCAGGGUUAGAUUUCUAUGACUUUAGACUGGAGCAGGACUCAAUUAGAGCCCUUUUUUUCCCCCCAAAUUCCUGGUACAUAGGUGGUAAUGAAAGUGUUUUUGUAAAAACACCAGGCAUUGCAAAUAUAACCCAGAUCAUUUAGAAUCAUUUAGAAGCAGGUACUUUAUAACCCUCAAACAAUGCUUUGUUUACACACACACACACACACACACACACACACACACACACACACACACACUUUACCCAUUCCUAGCCAAUUCCCAAAUCUCCUGAAUAAGAUAUGUUUUGACUAAGGCAGACCAGUCACAAGUUCAAGAAAUAAAAUGAACAACAAAGGAUCUAAUGUUCAUUUUCCUUUUCUGUCUACCCAUUUGUUGUUUUGGGUGUGUAGAUGGGACUGAGACUUGGAGAAGCAGCAGCAGAUCUCUCUAUUUUCUGUUAAAAAGUGGCGUGGAGGCAACUUAUUUAUCACUUUGUAUAACUUAUUGUCAUUCAAUAGGACUUAACCUCUUAUCACCAGGCUAGUGUGUCUAAUGUUGAAAACUAAUGUUUCUGUUUUUAAUGGCCCAGCUUUCCUUACUUCUAGAAUAUGAAGGCCUGACAUGUCAAGAUGGCUGGCUAGAUGCAGGAGGAGGUCUUUAAGAAGUGGGCCCAGACCUGGAGUCUAGCUCAGGGAACUGCCCCCACCCCACCUCCCCCACCCCCACGCCUUGCCCCUGGCUUAGGAAGGUAAAGGAAGACAAGAGUUAUGGGGAAAGGAAAAGAGAUUCUCAAGAGUAGUACACUAUUAAGGCUCUAGGCUUACCACUUGUUGCCAUGGCAACCCAUAAAUCAAUAAUAUGUGCUCUCAGCCAACCUUGCUCCCAUGAAAAGCAAAUCCAGAAGAUGUAGAAAAAGACUGAACGUAUUUGAGUGGCUUCAAGGGUUAUAAUUAUGAAAUUUUCAAUAUAUGCAGCUCAGAAGAAUUCGAUUCAGUAAGGAAUUUGGGGGGAAAUCAGGGCUUUGCUAAUGGAAUGUUCUAUGAAAGCUCUCUGAGGGCAUGGGUUGUUUUUUGAAGGAGUUUCUCCAAAUUCUCAUAGGAAGCUAGACCCACCCACAGACUUGUAUUGGUCUAUAAUAAAAUUUGAGAAAAAUAAGGACAAUUUAGGGAGUUUUUCACAAAUCCAAAUGUAUUCAAUCCUAACAGAUUCAGAGACUAUGACUUUCUUAUUUUGGGGGUUUACAUAUAACUUUUCAGAGAAAGGAGAUGUUUACAAAUUGUCUUUACUUGGAAAAGUGAAAUCAGAUGACAGACCUGAAUUGGUUUACCCUAUUUUUUGUUUUAAAUUUAUGGGUCAUUUUCUCAAAUAUGUUGGGGAGAUUUAUCACAUUUAAGAUACUGUCUAGCUUUGAUAUUUACUGCACCAUUAAUAAUGAAUACAAAUGUCUCCUGAUCUUUUGGGGUUUAUUAACAAUAAAAGUUUUCAUUUGCUGCUUCCCCUCCCCCGCUUGUUGAACGGAAGUUCUGACCACAUGAAUAAUUUCCAAUGCAACUAGAACCUAGAUUGAUGCUCGCUAACAUCCUGAUUGUAGGAUGGGAAAUGUGGGGUUCUCGCCGCCCUGGGGCAUGAGAUUUGGAACUUUAACAGACAAAAUAUUCUGGCACAAAUAGAAUAUUUUGCAAGACACAUCUUUGAAAAGUUAGGGUCUGAAUUAGUCUUAGUAAAGGUUAGCUAGGCUGUUUUCUAUUUAACUUACCAAUGGUUAAGUGGGCAGCCAUGAAUCUGAAUAUUGUGUGGACCAUAGCUGAUUAAAAGUGAGGAAAAGCAUUCCUGUAAAUAAUUAAGGAACAGAGGACAAUCUCAGUUCCGUAAGAAUGUAUUUUAUUUAAUUUGAUUUCUGAGUGGGAAAGGGCUUCUGGGCAUCUUGAAUACCCUGGGCUGUGGGUAGUCCACUCUUAAAGGCUACAUCGGUAUAAAGGGUUGCAGUCGCAUUAUAAAGGGCUCUUUCAUGAUUUCUGAUUCUGCCCUAUCAAAUCCCAGAACCAUGCUUUUGCAAAACUGCCAGCUGGCAGGUGGAAUCCAAAAAAAAAAAGUAGCAGCUGUGGCAGUAGGAUGAGGAAGCUUUAUUUCCAGGUAAAGCAGGAUCCAGAUAAUAUGAAA